AUGCUCGGGCAGGGCGACACAGCAGCCUUUGCAGCGUUGGAGCAACAACUCACGGACGUCAAGCUCCGCCGCCUAGAUCGCGCCCUCCACGAAUGCUCCUCCCUCGCCCCCUGCCCUAUGUGCUCCCACUCCCAUUCCCUGUCUCUCCCUUUUCACAGGGCGACACAGCCGCCUUUGCAGCGUUGGAACAACAACUCACAGACUUCAAGCUGCGUCUCGACCGCGCCCUCCAGGACUCAUCCGUUGGAACAACAACUGACAGACGUCAAACUCCGCCUCGACUGCGCCCUCCACGAAUGCUCCUCCCUCGCCGGCACCAGCAGCGGCAGAGCAGCGCUGGGAGGGGCUCUGGGGCUGGAUGCCUCUGGAUGGAAACAUCACCAUGAAUAUCCCAUCUCCCCUCCCGUCAUAUGCACCUCUCAUUUCCCUCUCCCCUCCCCUUCCUCACUCCCCUUAAUACUACCUCAACAGGGCGACACAGCAGCAUUCGCAGCGUUGGAGCAACAACUCACAGACGUCAAGCUGCGUCUCGACCGCGCCCUCCACGAAUGCUCCUCCCUCGCCGGCACCAGCAGCGGCAGAGCAGCGCUGGGAGGGGCUCUGGGGCUGGAUGCCGCUGGAAACAUCGCCAUGAACAUGGUCCCGAACAGCAGCAGCGGGGGGGAUUUGGCUGCGUUAGGGUUAGGGUUAGGGUCUGCUAGGCGGAUGGGCGCUGGUAGUUAUUUUCCCGAUGCUGCCGGGGCUGCUGGGGGGGGAGCAGGGCGCGUGGGGGGAAAGGGAGGCGGAAAAGGAGGAGGGGGGAUGGGAGGAGGGGAGGGUGAUGGGUUGAAUCUUCAGGUGGCUUUGGAGAGGGCGCCGUUUAUGAUCGCGCACCUGGACACGAGUUUGAGAUACACCUGGGUGUUCAACCACAACCUGCUGGUCAAUCAGGUGAAAACAACAGAGGAUAUGAUCGGCAAGAGGGACUAUGAUAUCCUGCCACGUGGCACUCUGGGAGUGGAGGAGGCGAUGGAGAUCAAGCAGCGGGCGCUGGCCACAGGCAAGGCGCAGCGGGGCGAGGUGGAUAUGAUUGGGAAAAGGGACUAUGACAUUCUGCCACGUGGCACUCUAGGAGUGGAGGAGGCGAUGGAGAUCAAGCAGCGGGCGCUGGCCACAGGCAAGGCGCAGCGGGGCGAGGUGGUGUGGCAGCUUCCUGGAAGGCCCCCCAUGGUGUGGGUGACAACUGCCCGGCCAAUCAGAGACGAGAAGGGGCGGACUGUGGGAGUGACUACAUCGAGUGUGGACAUAACAGAGGAGGCGCAGUACAAGGAGCGGCUGAUGGCUCUACGAGCGGAGAUGAUGGUGCGCAACACAACGGAGAAGGAGCUGCGGCGCGCAUACGAGCUCACAGAGGACGCCAUGCGCGCCAAGUCCAUGUUCCUUGCCAUCAUGUCCCACGAGAUCCGCACGCCCCUCAACGGGAUCCUCGGAUUGGCCGAAGUUCUGCUCGAAUCUGGAGCGUUGGAUGAGGAGCAGCGCGAGAUCGUCGAGACGAUGAUGUCAUCGGGCGUGAUCAUAUCAGAUAUUCUCGCGGAUAUUUUAGAUCUCGCGAGUAUGGAAGCCGGGGAGAUGAAGCUGGAGGAGCACCCCUUUGAGCCGGUCGCGGUGGUGAAUCAUAUCUUAAAAAUGGCCAUGGCUGCUACUAAGGAGAAGGGGAUUAAAGUCCUAGCGGAUAUUUCUCCGGACAUUCCGGCGCAGAUUUUAGGAGACGAGUUGCGCGUGCGGCAGGUGAUUAAAUACCUGGUUCUGAACGCGAUUAAGUUCACGCACACGGGGCAUAUCUUGCUGCGGGUGUCGGCACAUGAUAGGGAUCCCUCUGCUGCUAUUGUGAAGGCUACUGGCGCGUAUGCUGUGGGGGGAUGGAAUGUUCCCGGAGGGGGGGGAGGGGGAGCAGGAGGAGGAGCAGCAGGGGGUUCUGGUGCUGCUGCUACCUUAGGCCGGGGGAAAGGGCUGGCUGUGGAAAUGCACAGUCAUAAUAAGGGCGCGAGGGCAGGGGGAAGCGGGCGGUUACCGCUGCUGUCCGAUGUUACGGAGGAGCAUUUGAAGAAGCUGGCAAGUUUGGGGAGUUUGGAGCAGGCUGCGCCGCUAUUGGCCGAGCUUCCGACUGAGGAGUAUGAGGAGGAAGAGGAGGAAGAGGAUGGGGAUAGCGAGAGGACGAGAGGGGAGGAGGAGGGGGGGAUGCUGAGACCUGGAGGGGGAGGAGCAGGAGGAGGGUUCUGGGGCUCGAUUGUACCAGCAGGAGGAGCAGAGAAGGGGAAGGGGAAAGCGGCAGCAGUGGAGAGGCAGAUAGGCGGGGAUAUGGACGUGUGGUUGUGGUGCGAGGUGCACGACACAGGCGUAGGGAUCCCCAAAGACGCCUUCCCUCUCCUCUUUGAGAAGUUCACCCAAGUGGAAGGCGGGCCGACGCGAGCCUACGGCGGCACGGGGCUGGGACUAGCUAUCUGCAAGCAGCUGGUAGAGCUCAUGCACGGGAAGAUGGCAAUCAAGUCCAAGGUGGGAACCGGGUCGGUGUUUGCGUUCUCGGUGUGCUGCCAGCGGACCUCCCCCCGCUCCCGCCCGGCCUCGCCCACGGGCGCGAGCGCGAUUGCUGCGGCUGUGAACGCGCCGUUCGGGUUUCCCAAGAGUGUGUCUGUGUCGGGGCCUUCGCCUGGGUCUGUGGCCAGGGCGCUGUCGCCUGUGAGGGAGCAUAUGGGGCAGGUGGGGGGAGGAAUGGGGGGGGGCGAGGAUGAGUAUACGGAAGAGGAGGAGGAGGAGGAGGAGGAGGACGAGGAGGGGGAUUAUGAGAGUGAAUAUACGAAUGACUCGCCGAUUGCGAUCACGCCGAAGCACCUGCGGCAACCACGGGGAGCAGCAGCAGCAGCAGGAGCAGCAGCAGGAGCAGGAGCAGGAGCAGGAGCAGCGGGAGCGGGAGCAGGGGUGGUGGGAGGGGGGCUGGCGGGGCUGCUGGCCCGAGCCAAGGCGAUGAAAGGGGAGGUGGGGGGUACAGGGGAGGGGUUAUCUGGGGGAGGCGCAUCUGGUGCAGGCGCCAUAGGAGGAGCCGGGUCGGUGCCGUCUCUGUCCCCUGCUUCGGCCAAAGGCCCAGAGACAAAGAUUCUUGUGGCUGAAGACAACCCCGUCAACGUGAUGGUGCUGCUCUCCAUGCUCAAGCGCCUGGGGCUGCGCGCCACAGUGGCCAAGAACGGUGUGGAGGCGUUGGAAGCGGUGCGGAGGGAGCGGUUUGACCUGCUGCUGUCGGACCUCUGCAUGCCCCUCAUGGAUGGGUUGCAGGCCGCCUACCUGAUUCGGCAGUAUGAGCGCACGGGGGUGUAUCCAGAGGAGGAGGUGGAGCGAGCGAAGCACAGAGGAGCGCCGGCAGGGGAUGAGAAGUCCGGAAUCGCCUGGCAGCCCCCCUCCAACCUCCCCCUCUCCUCCCCCCGAGGGGCCCUGCCUCGCCUCCCCAUCAUAGCCGUUACCGCAAACGUUCUUAAGGAGGAUGAAGAGCGGUGCUAUGCGGUGGGGAUGGACGGGUUCCUGGGGAAACCGGUGCAGUUUCCGAAGCUGAAAGAGGCGAUUUCUGAGUUUAUAGAACUCCCCGGGUCACGAUUGCUGCAAGGAGCCGGGAGUGGUAUGAGUGGAGGAGUUGGGAGAGGGGGAAUUGGGCAAUCUAACCCCAAUUCAGGGGCAUCGGGAGGGUUAAUAUCCAUGGGGAGCGGGGUAGCAGCGCUGCUAGCAGGGAUCCCCCCACAGGCCGCCGGCGCCCCUGGGUUUCCCGCCCCGUCCAAGCUCUCGGGCGGCGUCCAGCGUCUCGUAGUGCCCGCCCGGCCGAGCAGCUACAGUGGCUCAGGGUCGGCGAGCGGCAGCAUGACUUACACAGGGGAUGAGGAGGAUUAUCAAGGAGAAGAGGGGGAAUUCGAUGAUGAGUACGAUGAUGAGUAUAAUGAUUACGAGUCGACUGUUUACUCGCCUAGAUCGGCAGCGGUUCGGCGCGGUGCCAGGACUCCUGGAGGGGCGAGCAUGGCUAGAACCCCCGGGGGAGCGAGUAUGGCUAGAACCCCGGGAACCACUAGAAGCUUCCGAACGUCGAUGUUUUACGAUGGGAGGGAGGAUAGGAGCGUGUAUGGGGGGACAGGGAGUGUGUAUGGGGGUGCGGAGAGCGUGUAUGGGGGCGCGGCUAGUAGCGUGGGUGGGUAUAGUCGCGCCACAGGGGGGAUGGGAGGAGGAAUGGGAGGAGGAAUGGGAGGGUUAAGAGGGACGGGAGGGGUGGGAGGGGCAGGAUUCGGAGCAGGAGGGCUAGCAGGUGGAGCAGGGUUAGCAGGAGGGGGAGCAGCUGGGGGAUUGUCAGGAGCAACUGCUGCUAAUAUAGCAGCACUGCGCUAUCUUACUGCCCGCGCUGCAGGUAAUACUGGGGUAGGUGGAACUGGGAAUUUGGCUCAAGGAGGGAGGCUUUUGGGAGGGAAUUUGGCUUAUAACGGAGGUGCUUAUAAUGCAGCGUUGGGUGGUGGGGCGGGUGUUGGGGGAGUGGGAGGGGGGUUGGGAGGGGCAGGAGGCCUGGGCGGAGGUUUGGCAGGAGGCUUGGGGGGAGGUAUGGGAGGAAGUUUGGCAGGUGGUUUGGGAGGAGUGGGAGGAAGAGGUGGGUUGGGUGGACUUGGGGGUUCAUCUUUCCAGCAGUUGCAGCAGCUACAGCAGCAGCUGCAGCAGCAGCACCAGCAGCAACAGCAGCAGCAGCAACAGUUGUUGAGUAGCUAUGGAGGCGCAACACUCCCCCCCACUGCUGCAGCAGCUGCUGCUGCUGCUGUGGCUGCGGGUAGGAGGAGGCCUAUCGCGAGUGCCACUGUAGCGGGGAAUGGUGGUGCGUUUCUGAGGCAAAACGUGGGAUCAGGUGGUAAUGCUGCUGCUGGUGGUGGUGCUGCUGCUGCUGCUGCUGCUGGCACUGGUGGUCGUGGUGGUGCUGCUGGUGCUGGUGGUUUGGAUGUUAACGGUGGUGGCUUUGGUGGUAUUGGUGGUGGAGGGGCGAAUGGUCUUGGGGCAGGUGGAAUCGGGGCAGGUGGGAUCGGGGCAGGUGGGAUCGGGGCAGGUGGGAUCGGGGCAGGUGGGAUCGGGGCAGGUGGGAUCGGGGCAGGUGGAUUAGGAGGAGGUGGGUUAGGAGGAGGUGGAUUUUCCAGUCAGGCAGCAGGUGGGAUGGCAGGAGGAGCACCAGGUGGGAUUUCAGGUGGGAUUUCAGGUGGGAAUCUGGUCCCUCCGCCUCCUGCAGGGGCCUCUCAGGCACAGCAGCUGCAGUACCUUAUUCAGCAGCAGCAGAUGCUAUUGGCCCAUACACACGCUCAGAUACAAGCAAGGCAGCAGCAGCAGCAGCAGCAGCUGCAGCAGCAACAGCAGUUGCAGCAGCAGCGGCAGCAGCUGCAGCAACAGCAGCAGCAAUUGCUGGCAGCAGGAGGGUUGGGGAGGAACUUAGGGGGAGGUAUGGCUGGUGGCACGGGGUUAAGUGCUGGUGGCGUGGGAGCGAUGGGGUUAAGUGGUGGUGGUGUGGGGAAUUUGGGGUUAAGUGCUGGAGGUUUGGGAGGUAUGGGGUUAAGUGGUGGUGGUGCUGGUAUGGGUGCUGGUGUAGGGGGGCUGGGAGGAGGUUUGAUGAAUCGAGGAGGGAUGGGAUUGGCAGGUAUGGGAACCGCAGGUUUGGGAGCAACAGGCUUGGGAGCAGCAGGCUUGGGAGCAGCAGGUUUGGGAGCAGCAGGCUUGGGAGCAGCAGGCUUGGGAGCAGCAGGAAUGGGAGCGAGAACUGGAGCACUGGGGGCAGGCGGGAUGGCCAAUGCUGUCUCUCUAGCAGCAUUGGGGCUAGGAGGAGGAACAACGGGAGGGCAAUUGCGGAGUGAAUUUCAAGGAAUGGGAGGGGUAGGGGACAGGGGAAGAGGAGAGAUGGGAGGAGGAGCAGGAGCAGGGGCAGGAGGAGGAGGACGAGGAGGAGGAGGGGUGCGGGGCACUGUAGCAGCCCGGGUCGCCCCUCAGCGCCGCCCGGAGUUCCUGGCCGGUGCGGUUACCAGCGAGAGCAGGUUCGGCGAGGAGAGCUACAGUGAGAGCGAGAGCACGAACGCCCGGAGCCGCGGCAGGUUCGGCGGAGGUCCGGGAAUGGGCCGCGAAGGCUCGGGGAUCGGGCAGAGCAUGAUCGGGGGGAGCUCGAGGGAAGGUGGGGGGUCUGUUACUUCGUCUAUGCUGAAAGGGAGUGUGGGGGCGGGACUGGGGGGGGUGAAUCUGAGAGAUGGGGGGUUUGUGAGUAGGUAUGGGCAGAGCCCAUAUCCUAGAGCUGGGGCGAGUGGGGGUGGGGGUAAAUGGAGCGAAAGUCAUACCUCCCGAACCACUUCUUCAGCUAAGGGCAGGGAUCUUGACAGGAGAGGUAUGGGAGGAGGUAUGGGAGGAGGGAUGGGAGGAGGGAUGGGAGGAGGGAUGGGAGGGAUGGGAGGAGGGAUGGGGGGGAUGGGAGGCGGCAUGGGAGGAGGGGAAGAAGGGGAUGGGAGGAGAGGGGGGUAUCAAGGAGGGUCCCCUCCUAGGAUGGCUGCAGGGCAAGCGGUUUCAGCAGCAGCAGCAGCCGCAGCAGCAGCGGCUGCAGCAGCAGCAGCAUCACAGAGAGCACUGGCAGCCACCUCUGCCGGAGCUGCAGCCAUGGCAGGCCGAGCCGAGAUGGUUCGGGAAGAGGAACGGGCCGAGCGGCGCCGAACCAAAGCCGCAGCUUCGGCAGCAGGGUUAGAAGGUAGAGAGAGAGGCGGGGGCGGUGGAGGGGGGUAUGGAGAUGGGAUGGGCAUGGGGAGAGAGGGUGGAGGUAUGAACGGUGCAGAUCAGGCGUUUGGGCCACCGAGGGAUCGAGAGUCGUUGAUUGCGUCUAAGAUGGAGCUUCAGGAGCGGGCUGUGCAGCGACGGUCCAGAUUGCAGGCCCCGCAACGGACGGCUGAGAUGGGCCAAGGUGGUGGUGGUGGUGGCGCUCGAAACAUGGGGUAUUGGAACUAA